AUGGUACGCGAGACACGACAUCUGUGGGUCGCAAAUUUGCCCGAAACAGUACGGGAGGACAAAAUACGGGAUCAUUUUAAAAGAUCGAACCAUCCGCUCAAUCAUCCGAGACUGUCCUCUGGCGGCGGCGGAAGUAGCAGCAGUGGUGGCAGUUGGUACGGCUGCAACAGUAGCACCGUCGCAGGAAGCACCGAAAGCCCCUCGUCGAGCACCACCGGAGCAGCAGAUUCAGCGACCGGAUCAAUUGUUGCAGCAUCGUCCGCUGGCGCGCCACACAACGGUGGCGGGGUGGUCCGGUCAGCGGUUGGCUACGGCUGCUCGGUAGCACCAUUCGACAGUGGACACUCCAACACUGGUCUGAACCACAGCAACAACAACAACACCGGCAGCAGCAGCAGCAACAACUACGAUGGAUACGGAGUGAAGAAGAAACUGCAGCAAUCGUUUGGUUCGAUUCACCGGUCAGGUGCCGAGUCGGAGUCGACCAGUGAGCUGCCGUCGUCCUACCACCAUAGCAAUCACCUCUAUCAACUUCACCAAAAUCACCAGCACCACGCCAACAACAACUAUCAGCAACAGUACCCACGUUCCCAUCAUCAUAACCGCUACACAUCGCCGUCGCACGGUGGACACUACCAGCCGCCGUCGUCACAUCAUCCGCACCAGCAUUACCACCACUCGGCGCUGCCCGAUGGUGGUCCCGCGUCGAUCGCAUCCGCAUCAACCGCAGGCGCCGUCGUGAGCGUUGCUCCUGGCAGCGAACGGCUACCGAACCAUCACAACGCGCAGCCGUACCAGUAUAGCAAAAAUCAUCACAAUCACCAGCAGCAUCGCAGCUCGGUCUCUCGAUCGCGGUCCCGGUCGCCCGCCAGUUCGUCCUGCUCGUCGACGCCCAGCAACGGCAGUGCGACGGUCGAUCAACCUGGCGGCACGACGUCAGCGGUGGGUCGCGGUGGAGGAGGUGGAGCGUCGUCGGUGGUUGGUUUGUUGCCUGCCUCUUAUGGGCGCGAUGCUCCGCAGCAGCAGCACGGCCCCUCAACACCAAUAGUUUCUCGUACCCUGUUGCAGUCAGUCAUCUCGACGGCCGCUGCCGCCGCCGCCGCCGCAGCAACAGCAGCAACAACUACAUCGUCGACGACGCUCAGCGGAAGGGGCAUUAGCAACACCACCACCAUCAGCAACAGCAACGGCGGCACCACGAACAACAGCACCAGCGGUCUCGCUAAUAAUGCAGCUAACGGUUCAGGCCAACAAAGUAGUAGCAGCAGCAGCAGCAGCAGCAGCAGCAGUAGCAGCAGCAGCAGCAGUAGCAGCUGCAGCAGCGUUGGUGUCGGUGCCGUCGGCAGCAACAGUAAAACGACGACGACGACGGGUAGUGCCGCCGGUGGUGGAGGAGCGGGUGGAGGAGCUGGAGGAGGCGGCAUUGGCGGCACCGGAAGCGCGCCCGCCGCUGCUGGUCUCAGUAACGGCGGCGGCAGCAGCAACAGCAGCAGCAUGAUCAACUGCCACUCGGACGACCAUCGGCCGCUGGCGAUCUGUGUGCGCAAUCUGCCGGCCCGUUCCUCCGACACCUCGCUCAAGGAUGGGCUGUUCCACGAGUACAAGAAGCACGGCAAGGUGACGUGGGUGAAGGUGGUAGGGCAGAGCACCGAUCGGUACGCGCUCGUGUGCUUCAAGAAGCCGGAAGAUGUCGACAAGGCGCUGGAGGUGUCGCACGAUAAGCUCUUUUUCGGCUGCAAGAUAGAGGUGGCCCCGUACGAGGGCUACUACGACGUGGAGGACAACGAGUUCCGGCCGUACGAGGCGGAGCUGGACGAGUACCACCCGAAGGCGACGCGCACGCUGUUCGUCGGCAACCUCGAGAAGGACAUUACCGGGAGUGAGUUGCGCCGGCACUUCGAGUGCUUCGGCGAGAUCAUUGAGAUAGACAUUAAGAAGCAGGGCGCGAGUGCGUACGCGUUCUGCCAAUAUUCGGACAUCGUGAGUGUAGUGAAAGCGAUGCGUAAGAUGGACGGUGAGCACCUGGGCAGCAAUCGGGUGAAGCUCGGGUUCGGCAAGUCGAUGCCCACGAACUGCGUCUGGAUCGACGGGGUCGGGGAGGGCGUCAGUGAGCACUACCUGGCGGCACAGUUUAACCACUUCGGCCCAGUGUCGCAGGUGACGGUCGAUCGCGAGCGCAAGCUGGCGCUCAUCUACUACGAACAGGUGCAGCAGGCGCAGGCCGCUGUGAAGGAGAUGCGCGGCGUGAUGCUGCGCGGCCGAAAGCUACAGGUAGACUUUGCGUCCCGCGAGUGUCAGGAAGCGUUUUUCGAUAAGCUAGAGAAGCAACAGCAGCAGCUGUUGGCAUCCGCCGCGAGGGCAUCUUCGUCGUCAUUCGGAUCACCCCGGUUCGGUGGCGUUACCGGAGGCGAAUCCGGUGCUGCUACUAGUAGUGGUGGGGCCGGGAGUGUUAGUAGUAACAGUAUCAACGCACCCUCCGCUGCUGCCGCACCUGCCACCUCCUCGACGAAUCGGAAUCGGACUUUGGGGGGCGCAUCGUUCAGCCGGCCGGGAAACCCUCUCAGUGCUAUGGGAGGCGGCGUGGUGGUGGGUGCAGCAGGCAACGGUGGUGGUGGUGCGAACAGUGGCAGCAGUUCGCCUCGUGUCGAUCCGUUAUCGGUAACCGGAGGUGGUGGUGGCAGCUCACGCGGGGGCGCUAAUAGUGGUUCCGGUGCCGGUGCCGGUGGUGUGACUAGUGGCACGUCAUCGACGUCCCGAUCGAGGAUCGUGCGCUAUUCGAGCGACGAUUACUACUCGGAGGGUGCGACGAGUGGUGGUGGUGGCGGUGUGAGUAGUGAUCGGAGGUUUCGAAGCUACGACGAGUACAGUCAAGGCUCGGCUGCCAGCUCGUCCCACGAGGACGAACGGUACGACCAUGAGACGUCGAGCAGCAGCAGCAAUCGCAACAACGCCGCGUCCCUCUCCGAUCGGCUGGCUCCUGCUGCCACCCUGUCUGAAUCGUCACCCGGCGUUUUGGGCUCCUCCAACCCACAGUCUGGCAACGGACACUCGACCUCGAUCCAGUCACGCCUGGCUGGCGGCGGCGCCGAUGUCGAUCAUUCGCCAUCGGCGACGACGACCACUGGGUGCAGCAGUUUACGGAAGCGGAGCGACAAAGGCUCAGGUGGACAGGAUAGCAACAACAUUCGCUACCUUCAGAAGGAGCGUGUACAUAUACUAGAACAGCUUGAGGAAUGCCCGUCCAGUGGCGAUGAGCUGGUGAGCCCAAAGAAGCGUAUCAAAUACAACUCGGACGGCCACCAUCACCAUUACCAUCAGCAGCAGCAGCAGCCGCAUCAUCAAGCGAGUGAUCCCGAUCACAGCCUCCACCGUCACCACUAUCAUCAUCAUCCGCAUCAUCACCAAGCGAACGACGUGGGGGCCAGUGGGCGAUCCCGCGAUCCAUCGCCGGCACCAAGUGUCUCGGCGGCGGGAGGUGGUGCGGUCGGUGGAAGCAGUACAACAACUGCCUGCGGCAACGUCAACAGCAAUAUGCACCAUCAUUACAACAGCAACAGCAGCAGCCACCACCAUCCACACCACCACCAUCAUCAUCACCAUCACAAUAGCAACAACAGUAGCGACAGUGGAGGGCACGGGAGUGCUGGAGGUAGCGGGGGAGUGGUAGUGUUUAGUAGCGGCAGUGGCAUUCAGUCAUCGUCGUCCGCGCUCACCCACCGCAAAUCGAUGGAGGUUCGCCGGCUCUCGGAAUGUAACCUGCUGCAGUCGAAGCAGCAACAAUCGCUGGCUAGCAGCGGUAGUGGUUCCUCGGCAAGCAACGCCAACAACAGCCGCCGACCGUCCAUCGAGACCACGUCGUUGCGCGAUCUGCGACACUCCAGCAGCAGUAGCGCCGGCAACGGCAGCAGUGCUGCAGCGAGCGCGCAUCAGUCCCAUCAUCUGGAAGGAAGUGGCGCGAACAGUAGCAGCAGCAACCAUUCCGCGCACUACACACACCACCUGAGCAAGCGGCGAAAAGUGAUCUCUAACGAAGGAGGAGCGUCCGGCACUGGCAGCAGCAGUCUGGCGGCCAGCAGCGCUGCUGGUGCUUCGUCGUCGGCGGCGACGGCGUCGAGUACGGCGAGCGGUGGCACUGUGGGAGGCGCCGCUGGAAGCAGCAGCACCGGCAGCGGCACGGGGUUGUCAUCGUCUAACGAGCAUCACCAUUCGUCGCGCGGCCGUGGCCAUCAACUGCACUCACUCCAUUCGCACGAAGCCAGCGGAGGCGAGAGUGCGGACGGCUCCCGUCCCGGGACCCCGCUGUGCGAUGAGCGACCCGAGAAUUUGCUACUCCCGAGCGAACCGCGCCGAAUACCGACCGGUCGGUCGUACAAUCAGGAACCGCUAGUAUUGCCGCUGCCACGGUUUGCGAUACAAGUGUUUGCCCAAAAUCGGCUCAAUGCGUUGCAACAGCAGCAGAGUGCGUCGGGAUCGCCCACGGUCACUUUGACGUCCUCGACGUCGACGUCGGCAGUGGAUCGUCAUUCGGCUAGUGGCACCGCAGGAGGAAGCGGAACUACGACCACGGCCUCGUCCGUCGGGAGUGUCGUUUCUUCUGCGGCACAGCAAAACCUUUCGUCGCUUACGUCGAAUUCUAGUCUCCCGGGCGGCCCACACCACAGUAGCAGCAGUAGCAGUAGUAGCAGCAGCAGUAGCUGUAGCAGCAGUAACAGCAGCAGCAGUGGUAGUCGCGCACUUUCUAGCCCACCGCCACCAACUUCGGCACCGGCAACUUCCUCCUCCGCGUCGAAACUAACGCUCUACAUACCUUCACCUGCAGUGCCGGGCAUUAGUGGCAGUUCCAGUACAGGGUCCGCUGCGCCCCACCACCACCACCCGGCGUUAGAAGCGGUACCGGCCAGUCCGCCACCUCGAGCUCCCUCCGUCAGCUCGACGUCAAGCGACUCGAGCGACCUUGGGUUCGGUCCCUCGGUAUCACCCUCGCUAGAGGAACGUAUCAAGACGCUCGACGAGAUGUACGAACGAUGGUCGGGCAGCAGCCAAGCGGCGGCCGUUGGUCGGCUGGGCGUUGCUGGCACCCCCGGAGCCAUGGGCGGGAGCGCAACUCCGACAAGCCUUCUGACCAUUGCUGGCGGUCACAGUGCAACCAGCAACAACUCCAGUGAUCACUUCCUGCCCACCGAUCGGCACCACCAGCACUACCAGCAUGGUGGUGGAAGUGCGGGUGCCGUGGGUAGCAAGGGUAGCUACGUGAACAGUAACCACCACUCGCUUCAUGGGCAUCACUCUCAGCAUCAUCAUCUGCCGGCCACUGGCGGCGCUUCUUCCUCGUAUCAUCAACAACAGACGUCACAGCGUCUGCAGCACUUCAACAAUCACCUCGCUGGCGUGGAGAGCAACGUCCUCCUUCAUCAUCACCACCAUCACAGUCGCCAAGCUUCACCGUCGUCCAUCAACACCCCUACCGGCGGCAGCACCCCUUCGUCAUCGUUUCGCAACAAACUGCUCGAUCUCGACGUACACGAGGUUCCACCCUCGGACAUCGUCAAAUCAGUGCUCUCAAAGAAGUCCAUCUUCGAUGAGGAUCUCAAGCGGUUGGAAAACAUUGGCGACAAGUAUGAGCCGCGCGAUUUUGCCAACUACUCGAAAGCUAGUUCCACGCUGGUCGUCGCAACCGGUGGUCCACCCACGACUCCCGUGCCUGGGUGCAGCAGCAUCAUGGGGUUAACUACUACUCCAUCACCAUCCCUUAACGCCGCCACGCAAUCGCCAGUCCAUUUGGGGGUGUGCAACAAAACAACAGUUCCAUCUCCAGCCAGCAGCAGUGCAGGCCUGGUUCCUCUGUUGCCGGUGAUAACGUCGGUGGCAGUCACCGGUACAGUGACGGCUGCUGUUGCCGCAACAACAGCUUCCACUGCGAACGCACAGCGAGUUAGUAGCAGUACCUCUGUUUCUCCGCUAAACAGUCCUCAACCCUACAACAGUCCCAACCCUUCAGUCAAGUCCGGUUUGCAGUACCCGUUCCCCAGUCACCCAACGUCACUGGCGGCCGGGGCAAAAUCGACGUCAUCAUCGCCCUCCAUUGUUGGUAGUUCAGCAGCGGGCACAGUGAUAGCUGCUGCCACUGUAGCUGGUGCCAGCGACACCACAUCUACGACGACAACGACGACGGCAACAGUCGAUGCGACGCUACCAACAACGCCGUUGCUGUUGGCUGGCAAAGGUAGCGGCCACACCACCACAACAACCAGCAGCAGCAACCACACCGCACCAACGACGACUUCAGCUCAGUCGUUCCCGUCCGUUAAUAGUAGUAAUAGUAAUAAUAGUACGCAUAGCAUUAAUACGAAUAGUGCUGUGACAGCGGUAUGCAGUGCUACUAUUGCAUCGACAAUACUACCCUCGACUGCUGCUGCUGGUGGUGGUGGCGGCGGCGGCGGCGGGAUUGCUGCUCCUACUACCGUUAGCUCGUUGACGACGUCGUCUUCAUCGUCAACAUCCACGCCGACGCCGUCAAUCAGUAAACCAAAGACCAAUGUUUUAAAUAAAAGUAUUAGUUUAACGGAAAAAACAAGUACAAAACCUAGCGGUAACAACAGUAAUAAUUUAAUCAACAAUAGUAAUAGUAAAACUAGUGGUAGCAGCCACAACAGCAUCGGCACCAUCAGCAGUAGCAGCAGCGCCAGCGCCAGCAACAAUAGUAGUUCUUCUAGUGUCAAUCACCAACCGUCUUCAUCAGCUUCUGCGACUCUCGGUGCUGGUGUGCCGCCGACAGGAACGGCAACAAAUAAUGGCGCAAGUAGUGAAGCCCUGCCUCCCAAGCUGCUGUCUGCGCCAGCAACAACGAUAGCCUCACCCGGCAGUACAAAUGUGGGAACCUUGAAGAGUGCCGGAAUGACGCCCGAUGAGCAGUCUCAUUCCAGCAACACCGCUGCUGGUGGUAGCGAACCAGCGAAAGAAGAAGCUACUGGAAGUAGCGGCAAGUCUGGCAAUAGUUGCAGCAGCAGCAGCAGCAAACAUCAUAAAGAUCGUCGGAAACUGUCAACGGCCUCAUCCUCGUCGUCGUCAACAUCAUCGUCGAGUUUUGCGUCCUCGCCGGUUGGCGGGGGCCAAAGUGGUAACCCGCUGGCCGUAGCUGAGGAGGCGGAGCGCGAGGAGUUAGCAAAGCCACCGCCUGGAAAGCAUGCCACCAAGUCGAGUAAAUCGAAUUCCUCGCAUCACCACCAUCGUGACGGCGGCAGCGGACACCAUCAUCGUGAUGGGAGCGACGGAAACCAUCAUCAUCGCAGUCACCACAGCAGCCACCGGCACCAUAGCGACAGUGUCAGCAGUAAUAGUAGCAAUGGCAGCAACAGUGGAAGUGGCUUGAAGAACAGCACCUACAAAGACGCCGAGCGUAAUCACGUGGCCGCUGCGAGUGGUGAGGGAACGAUCGGUAUCGGCAGCGGCUGUCGUGAUGAGUUUGACCGCUUGAAACAGGAAGCGGCAGCGGCGGCAGCAGCAGGAGGUGGAUCGAUUGCCAAUGCAACGACGGCAGCAGUGUCGUCGGGAAGCUCCAAUUCGAAGCGCAAAGACAAGACCGAACGAGAAGAUCGCCAUAGCAACGACGACGAUCAUCGCCACCGGAAGAAGGAGGAAGGAUCGAGCGAACAGCGGUCGAAUCAUGCAAGCGAUCGUGAAAAAGAUCGUAACCCGGCGUCGGAAUCGGGAAGGGACCGAAAGGAGCAGCGACAACAGCAGCAGCGUGGUGAUGAGCAGGAAAAAGGGCUCGAGAAAGAUGGUCGCUGUUCGUUCACUAAGAGUGUGGCGAAUGAUUCGGACGCGAAGAGCGCGCAUCACAACGCUAGUGAUGAGUGCACGCCAGCGGUGCACCAUCAUCAUCAGCACCUGCCGCAUCAUCAUCACCGGGACAAGGACCGUCGGGAUCGUGUCAACUCGACCGGUAGUGGGUCGCCUGUGAGAAGCUCAAAACGCCGUCUCAGUUCACAGGACAGCAACGAGUCGACGCUGGAAGAUGCGGGAACACUGAAAAAGGUGCGAUCGUCGGGUACCCAGGACGCUGCUGCAACGGGCACUAGCGUUGCUGGCAGUGGCAAUGGAUCGAAAAUCAACGAACGACGGGAUUCGGGCAAAGAAAGUCGAAAGGAAAACAGUAAGCACCAUCAUAAAAGCAACAGCAACAGUAGUUGUGGUCACAACAACCAUCGUUCCACCGACAAACUUCCAUCGUCGUCGUCAUCGUCUUCGGCCUCGAAAUCCGCCUCUGGGACGCCGGCGUCGAUCGUCAACAACAGCACCACCUCCUCGGAGAAAGGUGCGCCGACAAAGUAUCACGAAAAUUACACUGACACCAACCACAAGCAACAGCAACAAACAGCGACGGCAGCGCAACAACAACAACAGUACCUCCUCGAAGAGCGCCGCAAGGAGAUCGUAUUUUCGAGCGAAAAUAACCCAACGGAAGCCGAUCGUAGCGUCAGUUCCUCCAGUGUGAGUGGUAGCACACCGCAUCACCAUCAUCACAAGCACAAGGAGCGCUAUCACGAGAAGCACAAGUCCAAGAAGAGCCGCGAAUCUUCCCGGGACAAGGAAAACGCUCAGACGGCGGCCAACUUUCCCGGUGACAGCAGUUACGCGGAAAAUCGUUCGACCAGCGACGAAGAGGAACAGAACCGACGGAUACGGUACAAGAAGGAGCGCAAAGAGUUGCAGGAGUUUGCGAAACAACGAUUUCACCACGGUUCGGCUGCCGGAAGCACGGGUCGGCUGGCGUCGGAGAGCACUACCGGUGUAACCGAUUACAACAAAGCGCCCACCACCAGCAGCAGCGGCAGUCUGGGUGGAGUGAAGCUGCCCAACGCCGGUGCUGGUAGAGAGCGGAACCGUUCCUCGCAGCCAGUCAGUCGUGCCGAAUCGUCCGCCGAGGAGGGUGGCCGGAUGGACAAGGCUGGAGGAAUGGUAUAUGUGGGGGUGAAAAAGUGUCGCUCGAACAGCAGCCGAGGGCGCGGGGCGGCCAACACCGGCUCCGAGACGGACGACUCGGACGAGCCCACGAAGAAGCACUCGAUCUUCGACAUUCCUGACGAUGGGCCAAACAUUUCCAUGUACGACAAGGUGAAGGCCCGGUCCUGCAAGAACAUGCAAAAGCAGGAAGAGGAGAAAAAGAUCAAGGCUAAGUUCUCGCAGCUGAAGCAAUGCCGGGCGAAGCGGGAGGAGGGCAAGAACCGGUCCAAGAGCUGGGGCGAAGACGGCGAGGACGAUUCCGAUUCGGAUGCGAUGCACUCGGACGUGACAAUCAUCAGUGGCAGCAAGUACAACCACAAGGAGCACAACAAGAGCGGCAUGGUGACGACGACAACCACCGACGACGAGGAGGAUCACGGCCAUCCGGCGACACCACGCCACGCGCGUCGAAGAAGUCACCCGAAGGGUUCGUCGUUGGCUUCGGAUUCGGAGGAAGAGUCUGCCGCCGGCGAUGGCAGUGGCAGCCAGAGUCAGCAUCACCACGGCCACCAUCACCACGGUCGGCACGACGGUUAUCAGCAGCAGCAGCAGCAGCAGCAGCAUCAGAAGCACCGGAUACUGUUCAAUCGGGACCGAUUGAACGACCUCUGUGAUGACGAGAGCAGCGAAGGUGGCGGCGGUGCAAGGGAACAGCGGCGUACCGGCCACCGGCACCAAGAUAAGCUGAACUGUCGACGUAGCGGCAGCGGCGCCAUAACAUCCCUGAGCGGCGAGGAGAAGCGAGCGGCGCGCAAGAUGUCCCGCUCGACACGCAUCCAAUCGGAUACGGAAACCGACGACGAAUCGGUGGCACGGGGCGAGACAAUGCGCAAGAAGUCACAGCCACCGCAUCAACCUGCCUCUGCCGAAGGAACCAGGAUAUCGGACGCGGAAUUCGAUCGCAUCAACGACAAGAUAGGACGCAUGUUUGCCGAACCGACGGAGGCUGGCGGACAGCCGUUGCUGGAUUCGGUUAAAAUCAAAAAGGAAGUCAAAAGCGAAGACGAUGAAGCCUUGGCAGCGGUGCAAGAGGACCGGAAACCAGCGACCGUGAAAACCAUGCCCGGCGUAUUGCCGGACGGGUGCGCGUCAGUUGCGGCCUCGCUUGCAGAGCAAAAGGUGACGUCGUUCGCCCUGAUCGCAAGCGACAUCUCCGACGACGAUGUGGUGAAAACAGUGAUCAAAUCGGAACAUCCAAAACCGACAGCCACCGCCGGUCUCACAGCAAUGGUAAAACAGGAACCAGCGUCCGAUCCGUCGUCGUACAAAUCGUCCGGCUACAACAAAGAGCAACGUAGUUCGUCCAUGCGUGGCGACCUGGACAGUACCACCACCGCCAGUAGUGUACCCACGACUAAACUGGAGCCGCCUGGCCACUCGGAUUCGAAAAAGAAACAUAAACGAAAGCAGAAACGCAACAAAUCGCUGGAAGGCGCUGCUACGGCGGGUAACAGCAACUACGAGCUGUUGGAGAAAGAUGGCGGCGUGGUCACGAGUGUCACGAGCGCGGGAGGCACUGUAGCGAUCCCCUUAGCGACGAUGCCCGUCGAAGGUGCAAGUAGCGGCGAUGCUCAACCAUCGCCAUCCAUCGUAUCAGCUGCGAUCCCACAAACCUUGUUGUGCAAUCCGGUACCGGUGCCGGUACCGGCCGCGGUACACACCUCGAGCGGAGCAGCGUCGUACGAGGAGACGAAAUCGAAAGCAGUCGCCGACGCCGACGCCCCAACAGCUUCGUUGUCUUCGUCAUCGUACAAUCGGAAGAAACACAGCGGGAAGAAGGAUAAGCGGCGUGAUCGGUCGAAGGAGGACUACGAGAAGUCUUCCUCGUCCAACAAUAGCAGUCGAUCGAAGAAACCGAAAAACCGUUACAAAGAUGGCAACGUUGGCAGCAGCAGCACCGCCGGCGGCACCAACAACGGUGGCGGUGGCAAUAGUAGCAGCGUCAACAGUAAGUUCCUCGACAUGGAGCUGUUUGGGCCGAUAUCGGAUGAAGACGAAUCACAGCACUCUUCCGUGGAGACCGAAGUGUCCAGCAUCAGUGGUGGUGGUGGCGGCGGCGGCGGCAGGGCGAAACCGCAAGGCUCGUUGGAAUCGACGGAUGAUCACCCGAAGGAAGAGAUGGCGGGCGAUGGUUUGUCGAGGAAGCGGUCUUCAAUUGAUCAGUCGGACGGUGUGAAAGGAGGAUCUUUUGCGAAAACCGUUUCCUCCGUCAACCAUUCGUUGACCGAUGCGGUGGCGAAGGGAAUAACGCCCGCAAAGGCUGCCGUGAGUGGGGGUGCGCACGCAACCAGUGAACAUCACCAGCUGUACGCGGGCGUGGUCAGCGUUAGCCAGGAACCGUCUGUACCGAUCGGCACGAGUGGCGAUCUGACGGAGAAGGAGCGCACGAAGGAUGAGUCUUCGUCGUCGUCGUCGUCACGCAAGCGCAAAGAGCGGAAGCGGCGCGAUCGGGAGAAGCUUCGAGCCUCGAUGGCGCUGGCACUGAAGGAGGACGAAAACAGCGUCGAUCUGGAUGAGGCGGGCCGUGCGCUCGAGGCGCAGCUGAUGAGCGAUACCGACCAGAAGGGAGAGGAGGUGUCUCCAGUGUCUUCGGCCAUCGCAAGCGGCGGCCCCGCCUCUUCGCUCCUCAGCGGCAAACGGACGUCGGUGGAUAUGUUGGACUUGUUCCGGUACACCGACGGGGACGAUAGCCUGGAAACGGCAACAACUCCGACGGCGUACGCGAGUGAAAAACGCGAACCAUCCACUUCAUCCGACCACAACCGAAAGGAGAAGAAAAAGAAAAAGAAGCGUGGCAAGGAAGAGAAACAUAAGCACUACCAUGGCAGCAGCAACACCACCCCAAGCGUAACUGACAACAGUGCCCUUCUUCCAGGUGCUGCACCCGCACCAACUUCUUUGUCAUCUGCUUCUUCAGCAGGCCUCGCUGGCACCGGCACCGGCACCGGUCACAGCACCGGAAGCGAGGUGAAGAGUGGUCAAGCAAACAGCCAACAGCAACCGCCAACCACGACGCCAGUUACUCCGUCGAUCAAUAAGCUGUCGCUGGACAUCAUAUCCGCCCAGCAGGAAGAUUCAAAGCACAGCCUCAGCAAACCGUCGCCAAGCUUGCCGUGCCUGCUGGACGAAAGUCCACCUCCGUCGAACAAGCAGCAACUGACGGCACAGACCAACGCAGUCCCAUCCGCCGAAAGCUCUCCUCCGUCGCCCAUACCGAUGAACGCAACCGCGAACCGUGAGCUCACCUGCUCGACACCAACCUACGAGUUUGGAGAGGUUAAUAGCAACAACAUCAGUCUAGAGGACGCGCCAGCGGUGAUCACCUCAACCAAUCCCACGAAAGGCAAGCGCAAGUCGGACAAAGUGAUUCCCGGCUUCGGGCUAGAUCUGGACGAGCAGAUCCACGAGAAAGCGGUAAUGUCCAUUUCCGGAGAGUUUGGCGGGGAAAACUUUGGCAAGGAUCUCGAACUACAAGCGCCGUCGUCCAAAUCUAAGCCUACCGACAAGAGCCAUCAGCAGUUGUUGAAGGAAAAGAUCGACGAAGCGACAAAGACCCUCGGUGGCGGCAGCCUCGAGGAAAAGUCGCGCGUAGUCAUUUCACAGGAGGAAACGGAGGACGCGGUUGCUGCGCUGUUGGGCGAGAGUUUCGGUACUUCCAAUACGCCCGACUUUUCCGACAUGAUGUACAGCGAUCCGGCCGAGGAAGAGCAGCUGUCGGCCAAACUGCAUCAGGAAGAAUCGCCGCAGAUCCCGGAAGAGGACGAUGAGGAGAUGAAAAAGGCGAUCAUGAGCCUAAACGCAGAGGAGCUGGAUAUUAAAGCAGACACCCCGCAGUCAGAGCACGAUCUACAGAUAGACACUGACACGGACGAUGCCAACGACGACGAGCAGCUGCAACAUCCAAGCAAUCUGCUAAGGUUCGACAAUCCACCCAAGACACCCGACGUCGAUCUUAGUCAAAUCGGAAAGCCGCUCAUCACCACCGCGGUGGCGGCCGGUGAUAAACUCGAGACGAGUCCCUUGACGCCGACACAGGUAAUCACCUCCUCGGGAUCGUCGGCCAAAAAGGACAGCCUCAGACAGGAAUUACCCAACACCCCCGGUAAACACGUCAUUCCGCUACCGAGCGAGGACCCGUUGAACGUUGCCGAAGGAAAAUCUGCUGCGCUGAAAAAGCCCGCUAGCAAUCCGGACGGUGAUGCGCAUCAGCCCCCGGUCGUGGGUCAUAAGAUCGCCACCACCACAUCAACGAUUAGCAGCACCAUUCUCAAAGAGCAACUACGCGCCACAACUGCAAUGACAACACAAACUACGACGACGACUGCCACAGUUGCCGCAAUAACAAUCGCUUACCCGUCAGUGGCUGUAAAAGCGCCCAUUUCUUCGCCAAAUGCCGGACCAAGACUAGGAGUCCCCUCGUCCCAACAACAGACAUCGGGCACCAUCCGACAUUCGGCGUACAUGGGACAAGCGCCACCGACGAUCACGAUCCCGGAACAGCAACCGAUCAUCUAUCACCACCAACACCACUCUGCUGCUGGGCCCCAGUCGGACACGAACACGGUACAAUCACCCCGUGGGCUUGGCCUUCAGUCGCCCAAGAUGCAAAUGGCUUCACCAUUUGCUCGCACGUCCUCACCCAACACUGCGCUGCGUACUUCAGCGGGUGGUGCUGGUAGCAACCGUCAAUCACCGCAGCUCAGCCCGGUAUUCCUCCCGCAACAGGCGACCGGAGGAGGAAGUCCCCAGACGACGGUGUCGGCAACAACGCCAACAACCGCUUCGACGAUGAUCAUUCACCCAAGCGGACACCAUCACGUCGUGAUGCAUUCACCGAAGCAUGGUGGCCAAACGAUAACGACAACAGCAUCAGGGCUUAGCCAACAACCUCCCUACCAACACCUGCAAGCCAUUCCCGCAGUGAGCAUUGGAGGAUCGCGAUUAUCGGCAGUGAAAUCACCUUCCACUGUCUUGUUGCCAUCGAAGAUCAACGAAGGGUCGACAAUUAAGGCAGUUUCAUACGGUCCCGUCGUCCCCGGAGGAGCCGGUCCAGUGACAAUGACCCGAAUCGUUACAACCGCUACGGCCGGACCACACGCAACUCAGACGACACCGACAACUGUCGGCGCACAGCCAUCGUCGUCAGCCUCAGCGCUUGAAUCUGUUUCAACUAAAGCGGUCAACAUCGUAACCACCGGCACUCCGACGAGUGUGGUAAAAACGAUUCCAACAACGGUAACAGUUCCACCAUCGUCAUCAUCGUUAUCGAUGAUCGGUGCCACAUCGGCAUUACUGAAGCCGAAUACCGCCAACCUGGCACAGUCGCAGCAGCCGAACAUGUCCGUCACGACGGUUGUGUACGCCGCGAAUUUGACGCCGGCAACAACAGUCAGCAACACUCGACAAUCGACGGUGACAACACAGGCGCAUGCAAGUGUUGCAAGUGCGUCGGUCAUAACCAAGCCAAGCGAAGUCGGAAACAACAAUCUGGUACUGGGCGCAACCAAAGGCAAACCAGACAAUAAACUGUCGGCCAAUGCUCCUGUAAAUAACACCAUUUCGACGAUCAUGUCCAACCCGAACCAUCAACCAUCGUAUGUCCCGAAACCGCCAGCGCAUGUGGACGUGCUAGCCAAGCCUCCUUCUGUGGUGGUGGCGGAUGACGUGUCAGGGACGAGACCGACGACCCUGGUCAAGGAACAACUGCCUGCAGACAUCGACGCGAGCAAGUUGGGCGGCAGUCCGGCCAACCGUAACAAAGUGGUAUCUCGCACGGGCACAGUGGAAGACCAGGAAACGGACUCGAAGGAGGACAGUGACUGUUGGUCGACGAAGGAGAUCAACAUUGAUUCCGUGAUCAAGAAGGUUGACGCGCUCUGCUCCGAGGAUGAGUCGGUUACGUCACAGCAACAACAGUCAUCAUUGCUCACCACCGAGCCGUUGAUUGACAAGGAAGCCUCAACGAUUGAAAUGGUCGCUAAGGGUGGAGAUCGUUCGGAUCAGGACGUAAAGAAGGACGAGCAAGCGGCACGGAACCAAUGUUCUGCGGAAGAACAAAAGCAUCGCACGGUGACAGACAUUGCUGAAGACGAAGAAGCGGAUGAACUGACAGCUAGUAGCAACGAGUUGCUGGAGAAGGAACACGGUAGCGCUGGUAGCGGUCGUGGCAUAGGUAAACGAGGAGCGGGCGUAGGUGGACGACGUGGUGGCGGCACCGGACGCAAGCUCUCCGAAAGCAGCCAUCCAACGGGCGGCAGUGUGUCGGUCAACGAUAAAGCCAGCGAACAACAGGUAGCUACAAACGCUACGCUGGUGGACUCUGUAACAGGUAUCCAAACGCGCACGCGUGGAGGAAAAGCCGGAGGGUCAGCCAAACGGGGCCGUGGAGGCCGAGGGGGUACUGCUGGCGCUGGUCGUGGAAGUGCUGUACCGGUUGGAGUCGGUGUAAUCAGUGGCCAACAGUUGCCUAUCACAUCCGGAUUGCAGCAGUUACCGUCGGCGGUACUAUCCGCGGCAGCAGGACCAGGAGCCGCCAAACCUAGGCUAGGAAUGAACGUCGGUUCUUCCGAUGUCUACGAGUUCCACGAUGACUCGGGCGAAGAUGUGUCCAACGUUGACAAGUUGCAGUCGGCCGAUGGUCCCCGUCCGCGGCUGAUACUGACCAUCAAAAAUCAGUCGUCUGCCAUGACCACGGCCCCAGCCUCUGUUAUGUCCAAUGUUGCUCCUAUAACGGCCAUAGCAACAUCGAGCUCGACCAACUUGACCGCUGUCGUUAACACUGUGUCGACCGUUGCGACGAGUUCCACAGAUUCCAACAACCUAUCGACUGUUGCGUCACUGCCAGUACCAGUAACCGCUUCAUCACAGCAGCAACAACCAAUUGGAAGCGAUGCCCUGGUAGCUCUAUCUUCAUCUAACAACAACCAUCAACUGCUGGAUGGUGGAAAGGAAGAAACGCCACUGCUCCCGAACGUACAUACUGGAGCAGUUUCGGCAGCGAGUGCCGCGGCAUCUGCGGCCGCAAACACCAGGAAGUCGCGUCGAUUGCUGGAGAAAGAUUUCCGCAGUACCGUGGAUGACAUCAUCGAGGACGUCAUCCGCAACGGACCAUCGCCCAAAGUUUGCGGUGGUGUGGCUCCGGUUGCUCAACAGCAACCGCAGCAACACCAGCAAAUGUCAACAGUUGUCCAACCAAAUUCUGGCCUCAGUUUCACAACAACGGUGCAGCAACAGCAGGCUACGCAACAAUCGACCUUGCAAUCAACGAUAGUUGCGAUGAACCAGGAUACUGGAAGCGGAGCGUUGCUACAGCAGGGGCAAGUGGUUUCUGCAGGCAUACAGCAACAACCACCGGUUUCCAACAACGGUGCGGCUACCGAGCAACAACAACAGCACGGAGGUCAACCGGCGCGACGCACAACCAGACAGAAUGCAACAACGCUGAACGCCACCGGUGCAGUGGGAGACAUUCAUCGCAAAUCGCCCCGGAGUACACGCAAGGCCAAAGAUCGGAAGACGAGCGAAACGUCAACGGAUAGUAGCGACGAAAAGCCUCCACAGCCGACGGUGAUUGGAACGGCGAGCGGCAACAGUGCUGCAACGGUGACUAUCAAGUCGCAGAUCGAUGGAAAGUCCGACGAUAAGCAAGUCGUCGGAAAUACACUGAACGCGACCACUCCCGUGACACCCAGCAUUCCGGUAACACGCCCGAACGAAACCGCCUCACUGGCUGACAAAACAAAGGAGAAAUCCCUGGUCGUCAAAUCGACGGCGGCGGCGUUAGUCGACGAAGCAAAGGCACCGACGGAAUUCCUGGGCAACAUUGGUACCCAGCACCAACAGCAGCAAGCCCCUCAGACGCUAAUCGAUCCAAAGACCGGCGAGAUGACGGUGGUGCGCCACAAUAAGGAAAGUGGCCAGUACGUACCGAUGCCACCGAAUGCCCCGCAGCCGCUGAAGAAGGUUAUUGCCGCCGCAGCAGCCGCAGAGCAGCUCAAGGGCUCCUCGCCUACACCAUCGGCACCAGCGACGCUGUUGAUCGGUAGCAACCCUUCUCCCAGUGGCAAUCGAACUCCUACACCGAGUUCCUCGACGGUAGCCACGGCCACGACCAAGACCGUGGUGGUUGCAGCUGUAGGAACUGCCUCUUCUGCAGUUGCUGGUGGUGGAAUGGUCGUUCAACAACCGCCCGCGGUAGUCACGAAACCUCAUCCUCUAAAGGCGCACGUACUAAAUUCACAGCAAGUUCUGCAGCAACAGCCUCAGAUUGUAGUUAAACCUGGCCAACAACAGUCAGGCAUCAUUACGUCACAGCAACAACAACAACCCUUCGUUACUAGUUGCCCAAUAGUGCAUGCUUCGGCAGUUGGACCUUCAAGCAAGUCAAACCUUCACCCCACAGCGACUACGACCGUUUCCAUGGCUGCUGCUGGAUCGGCAUCUACGCCACAUAAGCUGGCAGCGAUACAACCCAUCAUAACAACUGCCCUAGGCCAGCAACAUCCACAGCCGCCACAAAUAAUCAUUCAGAAUGCAAUGCAAGCACAGCCCGCUACGAUGGUGAUCGGAAGCAAACAACAGCAACAACAGACAACCAUCGUCGGGGGCAAGUCCGUAAGCAGCAACACUGGCAUCCAGCUGCAUCCACACCAACCGGGCACCGGUAAUCUGUUGAUCAACAUUCCGUCAAACAUGCAUCCGGCAACUGCGGUGCAAAUGUCACCUCGUCUUCAUCAGCAGCAAGUGGUGAUCACCAGCGCAAAACCGGCACAACCUCUGCAACAGCAACAAACGGCAUCGGCGCAGAUUCUUCACAAGCAGUCGCAGUCUCAGGUAUCGUUUGGUAGUGCUAUUGGAUCUACUGCGACCGGAACUCCGCAGCAGAUAAUCAUACACCGUGGCAAGGCGGGCGACGUGUCCGUUGGGCCACCGCUCCAUCAGCAGCUUCCGGCUGGAUAUGCGACUGUUUUGCAAAGUGGAGGCAAAAUCAUCCAACAGCAGCAAGCGCAGCCACCGGGAGGAGGUGGACCGGUGAUCGGUAACACGAUGGUAUCACAGCAACAGCCACAAAUCAUUGGUAAACAUCCUGCGUCGGGACAAACGAUUCAAAUAGCCGCCAACGCGACCAGCCUUCCGGUACACUAUCAAACCGGAGGAGGUGGACCGCAAGCUCCGACCACGAUCGUCCACAAGGGCUCUAUCACAACGGUACAGCACAAGCUGACACAUGGCCAGCAGCAACAGCACAAAUUGAUCAACGAUGUUGGUGGUUCGCCCGUGUCGCUGCAUAUGGUCGGUGCUAAAGGACCGAUCAUACAUCAGGUCCCGUCGGUCGCCGGAAAGAUCUUGCAAGUUCAGGCCGCACCAUCAGCCACUCAAACACUGCAAACGACGUCAGCAGCUACAAGCCCUCCCGCGGGAAGUCAGCACCAGCAACAACCUCCGCAACCAGUUAGUCUCACUAAACUUGCUAAUCAUCAUGGCUCCACGCCUUCGUCGCCAUCGGCGGUAACGCAACAGCAUCAGCAACAGCAACCUUCAAAGGGCGUUUCUCCGCAUCUCCACCAAGCUCCCCAGAUCCUGACAGGAGCCGUGGCAAGCCCACCGCUAAAACAGUCACAUCUGCAGGGUCAGCAACCUAUUGUGACGGGUGCGAGCAGUACGCGUGUUGCAUUGCCCACGAUGAGCCCCCAGGGACAGGCGGGCCACUUGGGACCUCAGGCCGGUCUUCAACGGCACAUUCUCUCACAGCAGGGUGCCGUGUACGAAGCUACCUCCAACUUGCGCGGGGAACUGACGGGAUACCUAAGCCGUGGGCAGAGUCCCCCACCGGCACACCAGCAAAUGUCGCCUAUAACACCGGUUCAUGGCCCCGAUGGUGGAUUCCGUGGCGGAAUGCCGAGGGACUACGUGAAGUACAUGUACCGUAGCAACAUUCCUAUUCCGAGCAGGUCACCUAUAAGAGAACUGUCGGAGAUGGAAGAAACGGUAGCCGCUAGCCCGCCGUUAGAACUACGACGGCCCGCCAGUGGUCCCCGUACGACGGCCGUGCCACUCAGCCUACAAAGCCCAGGUGACCGUGUGACGGAUUCUCCACAAGGAGCUCAGGUGUACAUGGGCAGCGCAAGAAUACCACAUCCAUACCCGGAAUCCCUAAACGCUAGGUACUACGAACCAUCGUUAAGCGGACCGACGGGAGGAUCGCGGGCGAUCAGUGCCGAACCACCACCAGCCCAUAGGCCGCACAACCUGUCCACUUCGGCAUACGCUUCCGGUACUCCAUACUCAGUAACACCCAGCCCCACACCUCCACCAUCUGCUUCGCCGGCCUCAACUAUGUUGCAGAUGCAGCGCGAACGUGAACAACAGCAACAACAGAGUGGUGGUAGCAUCGUGCAGUCAUCGGUAGCCACCGGACCACCACGGCUAAUCGGAGACCGUGCCGCGGUUAUUCCUGGCGGAGCGAUCGUCGGAGCAGGAGGACCACAGGCACCAGGAGGUAGCAGCUACUACUACCGUAGCGAAGUCGAGCACGACUUAACCGACCAACAACUUCAUCCAGUUGCCCUAGGUCACGGAACGUCGGUUGUUCCUUCCACCCCGUUGCCGGCGCACACGGGAGGCAGCGGUCUCAUCCAAGUGAUGACUCCACAGUCCAUGAGCAUUGGUCGCAGCGGCAACGUGCAGGUUACUGCACCGCCGACGACGAUACCGGUGGCGGUUGGACCAGUGCAGACAGACUCGUUAGAAGCGCUUCUGCAACGCUAUCCGGUAAUGUGGCAGGGAUUGUUGGCACUGAAGAACGAUCAAGCCGCGGUGCAGAUGCACUUUGUCUACGGCAAUCCUAACGUAGCUGGCAGUUCACUGCCUAGCAAUAGUGACGGCACGACGCCACCGUUGCGCAUCGCCCAGCGUAUGCGGCUCGAGCCGGCGCAGAUUGAUGGUGUUGCUAGAAAGAUGCAGAUGGUCAACGAACACUGUAUGUUGUUAGCAUUGCCAUGUGGUCGCGAUCGCAUGGAUGUACUGCAGCAACAAAACAAUUUGCAGACCGGAUUCAUUACUUACCUGCAGCAGAAGCAAGCGGCCGGUAUUGUCAACAUUGCUGCUCCCGGUAGUGCUCAGGCCGCAUAUGUCGUGCAUAUCUUCCCGUCCUGUGAAUUUGCUAACGAAAACCUAGCCCGCAUUGCACCGGACCUCAUGCAGAGGGUAGCAAACAUACAGUACCUGCUGAUAGUUAUCGCUACCGUGUAGGCGAGUAAAUUGUUUGUUGCUAGUGAACGAAUGGCGGCAGUAAGUUGUAACAAUGCAUUGACAAUAAUGAAAUCGUAGCCGAGCAAUACGCACCUAACAACGCGUGUGGCAACAAUCUCUCUCUCUGGCAUGCAAAUAAAACUUGUUGUCGUUUGUCUGAUUUGAA